UGAACCACUAGGUGUCCUGAAUGGGUGAACAUGAGCCUGAAGAAUAAUUGCAUCAAUACCAGGACUGAAUUGAUUUUGAAGAGCUGGACAUGCUUUUUAAAGAGAUGAUAAGCAGUGUUUGGGGAUGCAAGAAACCCUUGAAACAAGAGCCAUGAAACUGUACAUCAUCUUCUUCCUGGCAGUGGUGAACAAAGAAACCUCUAACUACCAACUUCCCGAGGGGACAUCCUGUGAAAUGGCAAACUCUCAGGCAUUUUGCCACAACAAACACCUCCAUCAAAUCCCUCAUGAACUCUAUCCAAAUGUAAACAAAAUAGAUCUGUCAGGAAAUCUGAUUCAAAGCAUUCCUGAAAUGUCAUCAUCAUUUUACACUUCUCUUCAGUGCCUGGAUUUAAGCUCUAACCAGAUAAGUUUCAUCACACCUGGAGUCUUCGCACACAUGAAGAGUUUGCUGGAAAUAAAUUUAGCCAACAAUCACUUAUAUGAGCUUGCUCAAAAUGGCACAGAGGGGAUUGGACUCUUACCCAAGGUGGAAGUACUGGACUUGUCCCACAACAGUCUGUACAAUGGGAUGGCUGAGUAUUUCAUUAAAGAAGCUCCAGCACUGCAGUAUCUUUCCUUGGCAGACAACAGCAUUAUAAUGAUUUCCCAAAAGAUGUUUCAGGGAUCUCCCAAUCUUGUGGAGAUAGAUCUUCAGAGCAACAUCAUCAUGGAAAUAGAAGAAGGUGCUUUUGAGACUCUAGUGAGCCUGUCCAAACUCAAUCUCUCAAAGAAUUCAAUUACUUGCAUCUCUGAUUUUAACCUCAGGCAGCUGGAGAUACUUGACCUUAGCAGGAACAGCAUUGAGACCUUCCACACCACAAAAUCAGAUGAUGAAUAUAGCUUAAGGUGUUUGGAUCUGAGUGAAAACAAGCUGUUUCAUUUUCCAGUGUUCCCUCAGGUAAAUAAGCUGGUAACUCUGAAUUUAUCAAAGAAUUUAAUCCAGCUCACUGCUGAAUCUCCUCAUCAUAAAACGGACUAUGUGAAAAAUGAAUGGCUAAAUGCUUCUUUCCAUCUUCUUGACCUGAAGCAAAGUAGAAACAAAAGUUCUCUUUAUUUAUCCCAGCUUGUAUAUUUAGACUUAAGUUAUAAUGAAAUAAAAUCCAUUCCAGAUGAGUUCUUUGAAUCAAUGUUGUCCCUUCACACCCUUAAUCUCAGUAAAAACUGUCUUCAGUCAUUUGUCAUAAGUUAUGACAGUGCAUUGAUGUCUUUAACUGUCCUUGACUUGAGCUACAAUGCUUUGCAGACCCUUCUCCUCGAUGCUGGUACAUUGUCAAACUUGAAGGAGCUCUAUGUUCAAAACAACUAUCUUCAAACACUGCAGUUUGACAUCUUCUCAAAUCUUCCUAGCCUUAGACUGCUUAACCUACAAAGCAAUAAUAUCAGCCUUUGCAGCAUGUACUCAGGAUUAGCUAAGCAAAGACUUGCUGGAGAGAAAAGUGGUUGUGUAUCAUUUGUCAAUUCUCCUGCUCUUCAGUACUUGUACCUAGCUGACAACAUGCUGAGCAUCCUACCAGCAUACAGCUUCUACAAGACUUCUCUGGUUGUCUUGGACCUCUCCAUGAACCCUGGACUGAAUAUAGAACUUAAAGCAUUAUCAGGUCUGGAAAAGUCUCUGGAAUGUUUGUAUUUAUAUGGUAAUAGCCUGAUAGAUUUAAAUAUUGACUUGCCUUGUUUUAGUCACCUUAAACAUUUAAACCUCUCUGAAAAUCAGCUGAACUGGCUGCCUAAGUGGGGUAGUGACUCUCCACUAGAGGUUCUGGACCUACGGAACAACAGGUUCAGUACAUUACAGAACAGCAAUAUUUUAGCAUUAGAAAAUUCACUUAAAAACUUGUAUCUCACUGGGAACCCACUCGACUGCUGUGGAAACAUCUGGCUUUCAUCCAUGAUCCAGAACAAAAAUGUCCAGAUCCCCAAUGUGGAGCAUUUAACGUGCCAGCAUACUCGGAAUUUUGGGUACCAGGAUGAAAUGCACAUCAAGAACAUUAGACCAGAAGACUGUGAAAAAGAGGAUCUGAAGAAAAUCAACUUCCUUACUAUAUUAACAUUUGUGUUGGUUUUAUCAGUGAUCAUCAUUGGUGCGGGUUCAUUUUUUUGCUUCCGCAGGCAAAACUUUACCCAUCAGUUUAAAGCAUAGUAACACAAAAUGUCUUGAAAACUGAAGAAAUCAGGUGCUGCACUGACAGUGUGUAGAAAUAAAGGGUAAAAUUCUCAUCUUUGAUUUUCAGCUGUGGAUUUUAAAUGCUUUUGAAGUACCCUGAAUUACACCAUGUAUGGGUUGCACGGAUUUGAAGGAGAAUUUGCUAUGUUUUGCCGAUCCAUGGUUUAACUCAAAGAGGAGUAAAUUUGCCCUUGUGUGCAAUAUAUAUUUAACUGAGUUUAAUGUGAAGAAAGUCAUCUCUGGGGUGAAGGCUUUUUUAAAAAAAAUCCUGGAGCAUGAAUUUCCACCAGCUAACAUUGAACUGAAAGAAAAACUAUUGGAAACUCACUGCAUAUGAUUUCAUUUUAAUGCAGAAGAAUAGUAUAUCUGUUUUUAAAGGCCACGGGAGAUUAGACUGCAAAAAAAGUGUUUUGAAGAUACCAGUGUGAAAUAAUGCAUAGGGAACCCAGUCCUGGGCCAUUAUUCAGAUCUUUCUACUGUCUUUCCCCCAAAAUAUAUUAUUGUCUAAAGGAUGUGCUGCAAGAAGAAUUCUGUAGGUCCUCAUUCUGUGAUGUGUUUAACAUGGCUAGCCUGUUGCAUUGCUAGAAGUUGACACUGACAAAUGUUAUGUCCCAUACUCUCACAGAAAAUUCACCGUUUUGGAGAGAACAUGACAGUGAGUGGGAGCCUGACCUGCUAACAGGGUUCAGUAGCUUUGAAAAGGAACUACAUCAGUUCUUCUGUUAAUGCCAGGAACUGCCCAUUCGGGCACACAGAAGUAGUGGUCAGCCUGAAAUCUGUCUAGGUAAAUAACUCAGAGUCAAAUUGCUGCUCCAUUUCUGUUUCUUCCAGCUAGUGAAUGUCAAAACUACCACACUACAAAAUGGUGUAUAAUUCUAUUUUUUAAGCAAUUAUGAAUGAAACUGGCAGAUGGUUUUCAUUAUGGAAUUUUUUACAAUUAAAACAGCUUUGAAUUUUGUAAAAAGUACAAGGCAGUGGACGUAUUAAAGCACUAGCUUGGAAUGCUCCACAGAUGGAAAGAAAUGUCUUCCUAUUUUUCUAUGGUAUUUGGACUCCACCUUAGACCUUUACCUCUGGUCCUGAAGCAGAGACAGCUGCUUUAUAUUAUAGAGUACAACCAGUCGAGAAUAAGGAGAUGUACUGGAGAUGUAGGCAAGAAUGUGGGACAGGUUUCUCAGAAAAGUUGUGUUUGCCCCAUUCCUGGAUAUAUUCAAGGCCAGAUUGGAUGGGGUUUGGAGCAAUCUGGUCUAGCAGAAGGUAUCCCUGCCCAGGGCAGGGGAUUGGGACAAGAUGAUCUUUAAGGUCCCUUCCAAACCAAACCAUUUUGUGAUUUCUGUGAUCCUAUGAAUUUGAACAAACCAUCAGCAGCAAUAGGGCCUGAUUUAACAUUUACCGAAGCAAAUGGCUCAAGCACUUAAUCUUGUAGAAGGCUUGCACAAGCAGCAAUCCCAGGGAUUAGUUGGAAGCUCAAAAGCAAGCCAAACUGUGAGCUCAGAUGCUGAUUUGCCACAGACUGAGUUCAUGGCUUUUUUGUCAAGCAUGGCAAGACUAUUUCUCCUACUGUGAGAGCCACUGUUACCUUGGCUGCUGUGACUAGAAUUUGUUAAUAACCUGAUGACAGAGCCAAACUCAUUUAAGUAACAGUUUUAACAUGGCGAUUGUUUUGCUCUACAAAGAGGAAGUUCUUGUUAUUACUGUGAGACUAAUUAGAUUUGCAUUGACUUCCCUGGGAGCAGAAAUAGUUUUUGGAGGAAUAAGUCUCAGAAGUGCAGCAU